AUGGUUCUCCUCAAGAGCUUCGUGCUCACUGGCCUCGCCGCCGUUGUAGCAGCCAAAUCUGCCGUCCUUGACCUCGUCCCCUCCAACUUCGACGACGUUGUCCUCAAGUCGGGCAAGCCCACCCUAGUCGAGUUCUUUGCCCCGUGGUGUGGCCACUGCAAGAACCUUGCUCCCGUCUACGAGGAGCUCGCCGGUGUCUUUGCAUCCACAAAGGACGUCCAGAUUGCCAAGGUCGACGCCGAUGCCGAGAAGUCCCUUGGAAAGAGAUUCGGUGUUCAGGGAUUCCCCACACUCAAGUUUUUUGAUGGAAAGAGCGAUAAGCCUGUCGACUACAAUGGUGGACGCGAUUUGGACAGCUUGACCAACUUCAUCACUGAGAAGACUGGCGUCAAGGCCAAGCGCAAGCUUGAGAUGCCAAGCCCAGUUGAUAUGCUUACCGACAAGACCUUCAAGGAAACCAUUGGUAGCGAAAAGAACGCUUUCGUUGCUUUUACUGCUCCUUGGUGCGGACACUGCAAGAACCUGGCUCCUACCUGGGAGAAGCUGGCUGAGGACUUCCUUCUCGAGACCAACGUCGUUAUCGGAAAGGUCGACGCCGAGGCCGAGAACAGCAAGGCUACUGCCCAGGAACAGGGUGUUACCAGCUAUCCUACAAUCAAGUUCUUCCCUGCUGGCUCUACUGAGGGCGAACUCUACAGUGGUGGCCGAUCCGAGGCUGACCUUGUUGCCUUCAUCAACGAGAAGGUCGGAACUCACCGUGUCGCUGGUGGUGGCCUUGAUGCUACUGCUGGCACCAUUGACAUCCUCAACCACAUUGCCCUGAAGUUCGCUGCUGGCAGCGACAGCUUGUCGGCCUUGGCUUCUGAGACCAAGAAGAAUGUCGACAACCUUGGCAAGGAGGCCCAGUACAAGUACGCCGAGUACUACAUCCGUGUCUUUGACAAGCUGUCCAAGAGCGAUAACUGGGUUGCUAAGGAGCUGGCUCGCCUUGACGGUAUCAUCAAGAAGGGUGGCCUGGCCCCUUCCAAGCUCGACGAGCUCCAGUCCAAGACCAACAUUCUGAAGCAGUUUGUGGCGGAUGUUGCCGAGAAGGUCACCGGCAAGGACGAGCUGUAG